ACAAAUUUGAGAUAUCAAUACUGCAAUUGAAUCUCAAAGAUCUCUACCCUUUGUGCUUCAUAAUAUUGUUGAUAAUAAUCCAUUUAUAUAAAAUGGCGCGAGUAACUAUGAUUCUGGCAACCCUUUUGAUCGUAAUUACAGUAAUCUCCCAAAACAUUCAGUUUAUUGAGGGAAGAAAUUUAUCCCUCAAGAGCAAAACCAAUGCUAUGAUGACUACUAGCUCUCGUGGCAUGGGGAAAACCGACAUUAAUCCCAUGGAGGACGGAGUUUUUGCGGGGACGGAACCAAUGUCGACUCCGUCAGCCGCCGCUGCCGUUGCAACACUGGCUCCGCCGCCGCAACCACCAGCGGGUUCAUCUGGUCAUGCAGAUAACUUUCGGCCCACGGCACCGGGUCACAGCCCAGGAAUCGGGAACGCCAUUCAGAACUAAAAGCUUUAAUUUGGC